AUGUCAUAUGUGCCUUUAAUUAACCUUGAUGAGAUCUUUGGAAUGACUGAUGUUGGCUGGGAUCAAUUCCACCAACAGAUUAAUUUCAAUGAUGGCUUAUUAGAUGAUGACUUCGAAAUUAUGAAGUUUGACGAAGGCUUAAAUAAACAUAGUUGCUUUGAAGUUCACAAUAAUAGUAAUAUUGAGUUCCUUAACUAUGUGUACGGCGAUAGACAAGAUUCCCUUCAUGAAAAAUGUGAUAUUGGUACUAUCGAAGAAUUAAAUGGCUAUAAUUCACCUGAUUGGAAAACGGAAUGUAAUCCUCCUGAUAAUUCAGAUACAUUGGAAAGAUUCAGUACUGGACUAUUAAAUGACUUAAUUGGCAUGGAUUAUCAAACUGAGCAAGAUGAAUGCAAUAAAACAUUUGACUUUGUUUCUGACAUGACACUUUACUCCAAUGACUUUAAAUUUGAUGGGGAUUCCGAUAAAAAAUGCCCACAAAUAUUGCAAUUUGAUUACGAUGAUAUCAAAAUCGAUCAAAAAGUUGUGGCUUGUAAACUUGUUAAUCUCGCUGCAAACCCAAUUUCUGAAUCAGCCUUGAUUCUGAUUUUGAGUCGACUAAAUAAAAGGAAGGAAUCGGAAGAGGAUCGUAUCUUUUCGGUGAAUAGGACCCGUUAUACUCGAGCUAAUAUUGAGUCACUUAGCAUUUUGCAUCCUAAUGUGCAAUACCAACGUAAUGCACAAUUCAGUAUCGAUAAACCUUACGAACCUGAAUACAUAAGGGUUCAAAUGAAUCCGGUUACUAAUGCUCCAUUUAAUGAAACAAGGUGUGGAUUAUGUCCUUACUGUCCGAGCCUAGUAUUUAAAAAUUUGAAAACUUCGACAUAUGCUCAACAUCUUUCUUUAACUCACGGAAUUCAGACAGAUAAUUAUAUAACACCAAACCCAUUAUUAUAUGGAAGUUACAAUUUGAAGAAGAGUAAUACAAAUAGAAAGACGAGGGCACACAUAUCAGAAAAAAAUGGAGUAAUUUGUCCAGUUUGUCAUGAUAUUGUAGAAACGGAAUGUUCUAAGACUACUGCAACUCAAAAGCCAUUAAAUAAUUACCUCAGACAUUUUAAAGAGAAACAUAGGAAGUGCAAAGAGAAAGAGUAUCCAAUAAAAUUCUUUUCCAAGUUCUCUACAAAUACGCUGAAAUUAUCUUUAAUGCUAUUAUGUGAUUAA